ACCAACACUGGUUAUCUCCCAGAUGGCUUUCACACCCCAAUCCUGAGACUCUUGUCCUUCUCCUUGUCUUAUAUAUGAAGACUAGGUGGUUCCAUAAGGCCCAGCUUCCUACAUUUAGUAGUUCUCACUUUGGGUGAGUGAUAAGCUAAAUUCUAUCAGCACUGUGGGCAUGGGACAUAGAAUGUUUCAAUGGUUGGAGGUAAGGCAGAGGAAACCAGAUGUCUGUGUGUGGUGGGAGUGGGGUCAGUGAGAGGGAUGGCUAGAGACACACAGAGACCAGGCCUGGAAUGACCGUGUGGUUCCGGGCUGCAGAAGAGUUAAAGGAAAAAAAGACAGUGGUGUGACCUAGACUUAAGAGGUUCCUUCUGGCUUGAGUAUAUUUUAAACUAAAAUUGUUUACAUUUUAUGAUACAGGAAGUAAGGAACCUUGGGAGAUUAGAUGAAAGGAGAAUUGGGAAUGUCCUCCUGAUCUCUGGUCUUGUUUGGAAGAAUGGAUAGAUGUUCCAUCAACUAAGAUGGGGGAACUCAGCAAUAUGAGGAAUUUUUAGAGGGAAUGAAAGAGGCCGUGUGGUCUUUGAGGACGUGGCCAUCUAUUUCUCCCAGGAGGAAUGGGGGCACCUCAGUGAGGCCCAGAGAUUCCUGUACUGUGAUGUGAUGCUGGAGAACUUGGCACUUCUGUCCUCACUAGGUUGCUGGCAUGGAACCGAGCAUGAGAAGGCACUUUCUGAGCAAGGAAUUUCUGCAACAGCAUCACAGGUUACCUUUCCAAAGCCAGAGUCGUCCACUCGGAAGACCAAGCCUAGGGAGACAUGUGACCUGCUCUUGAAAGAUAUUCUGCACCUAGCUGAGCACAGUAGAACAGAAGCUAAACAAGAGAUGUAUUUUUGUGAGACAGAGCUUUACUGGCCUCAAAAGCAGAUUGGACAGAAUCCUUCAGGAAGGGACAGUUGGAGACUUUCAUUUUUGAAGAACCACAGAGUUCAUAUGGCAGAGGGAACCUUCACAUACAAGGAAGGAUGGAAGGAAUUGCCAGCUACUUCAGGCCUUCUGCAACACCAGGCCCGUCACUGUGGGCUGAAGCCAGACAGGGAAACCGAGGGCAGGGAAGCCCUUCCAGCUAGACACAACAGUUACAUGUGCAGUAAAUGUGGGAAACCUUUCACAUGUAAAUAUUCACUUGUUGAGCAUGAGAAGACUCACACAGGAGAAAGGCCGUAUCAGUGUAGCAAAUGUGGGAAAUUCUUUAGGUACAAUGCCAACUUCAUGAAACAUCAGAAUAUUCACAGUGGAGAAAGGACUUACGAGUGUAGAGAAUGUGGAAAAUCAUUCAUGUACAACUAUAGACUCAUGAGACAUAAGAGGGUUCACACUGGAGAAAGGCCUUACGAAUGUGAUAUUUGUGGGAAAUUCUUCAGGUACAGCUCCACCUUCUUUAGACAUCAAAGAGUUCACACUGGAGAAAGGCCUUAUGAGUGUAAUGUAUGUGGGAAAUUCUUUAUGGACAGCUCCACCCUCAUUAAACACCAAAGAGUUCACACUGGAGAAAGGCCUUACAAGUGCAGCGAAUGUGGGAAGUUCUUUAGGUACAACUCCACCCUCAUUAGACAUCAGAGACUUCACAAUGGAGAAAGGCCUUUUGAGUGUAGCAUAUGUGGGGAAUUUUUUAGGUACAACUCUAACCUUGUUAAACAUUGGAAAGAUCACACUGGAGAAAGGCCUUACAAGUGCAGUGAGUGUGGGAAAUGCUUUAGGUACCACUGCAGACUCAUUAGACAUCAACGAGUUCACACUGGAGAGAGGCCUUACGAGUGUAGUCAGUGUGGGAAAUUCUUCCGGUAUAACUCCAACCUCAUUAAACAUUGGAGAAAUCAUACUGGAGAAAGACCUUAUGAGUGCAGGGAGUGUGGGAAAGCCUUUAGCCACAAACAUAUACUUGUUGAGCAUCAGAAGAUUCACACUGGAGAAAGACCUUAUGAAUGCAGUGAAUGCCGGAAGGCCUUCAUUCGAAAGUCCCACCUGGUUCAUCACCAGAAAAUCCACAAUGAAGAAAGGCUGGUGUGCUCUGUGAAUGUGAGGAAUUCUUUAGGUACAGCUCCAGCUUCAUUAAACAUCAAAGAUUUCACCAUGGAGAAAAUUUACCGUUGAUUUUUAAUUGGAGAAUGUUUUUUGAAUUCCCAUUUCUCCUGCAAUUAAUCUCCAGAACUUUUUAUCUUGCAGAAGUAAAACUAUUGCCAUUAAGCAAGAAUACUUCAUUUCUUUUCCCUACUGGCCCCAGCUACUGCUACUCUAUACUUUGUACCUGAGUUGGACACCUAUUGCUCUAUUAUAAGCAGAACUGUACAGUAUGCGUUUUUGUGACAGAUUUAUUUGACUUAGGCUAAUGUCCCUAAGGUUCAUCCAUGUGUAACGUGUCAGAAAUCUAUUCCUUUUUUUCAGUGAAAUAACAUUCCAUGGUAUGUGUACACCA